GACGCUCGCCAAUCCAUGUGUGGUUCCAACCCGGACUUCAUUUCCCCGCAGGCGUUGCACCCUGAGGAGACUCGUCGGGUCCUCAGCGUCUUGGCGGCAGUUGGUUGGAACAGCAGCUUCGAGUCCGUCCCCAGUGCUGCCUGAGUGUUCACCUGAGUUUCGCUGGAGCUCUUCUCGCCCGCCCACCUCAUCUCAACCCACUUUCCGCGGAGAGCGGCGCCAACCCGGGCCUGCCUUGGAUCAGGCGUCCCCUGAAGUCGGCACGCCCCUCCGCGUCCCCCUUCAGCCCCGCUAGGACCCCGUCCGGGCUGCCGUCGCCUCGUCGCUAUGGCGCCCACCAUCCAGACCCAGGCCCAGCGGGAGGAUGGCCACAGGCCCAAUUCCCACCGGACUCUGCCUGAGAGGUCUGGAGUGGUCUGCCGAGUCAAGUACUGCAAUAGCCUCCCUGAUAUCCCCUUCGAUCCCAAGUUCAUCACCUACCCCUUCGACCAGAACAGGUUCGUCCAGUACAAAGCCACUUCCUUGGAGAAACAGCACAAACAUGACCUCCUGACUGAGCCAGACCUGGGGGUCACCAUCGAUCUCAUCAAUCCUGACACCUACCGCAUCGACCCCAAUGUUCUUCUAGAUCCAGCUGAUGAGAAACUUUUGGAAGAGGAGAUUCAGGCCCCUACUAGCUCCAAAAGAUCCCAGCAGCACGCGAAGGUGGUGCCAUGGAUGCGAAAGACAGAAUACAUUUCCACUGAGUUCAACCGUUAUGGCAUCUCCAAUGAGAAGCCUGAGGUCAAGAUUGGGGUUUCCGUGAAGCAGCAGUUUACCGAGGAAGAAAUAUACAAAGACAGGGAUAGCCAGAUCACAGCCAUUGAGAAGACUUUUGAGGAUGCCCAGAAAUCAAUCUCCCAGCAUUAUAGCAAACCCAGAGUCACACCGGUGGAGGUCAUGCCUGUCUUCCCAGAUUUUAAGAUGUGGAUCAAUCCAUGUGCUCAGGUAAUCUUUGACUCAGACCCAGCCCCCAAAGACACAAGUGGUGCAGCCGCGUUGGAGAUGAUGUCUCAGGCCAUGAUUAGGGGCAUGAUGGAUGAGGAAGGGAACCAGUUUGUGGCCUAUUUCCUGCCUGUAGAAGAGACGCUGAAGAAACGAAAGCGUGACCAGGAGGAGGAGAUGGAUUAUGCACCAGAUGAUGUGUAUGACUACAAAAUUGCUCGGGAGUACAACUGGAACGUGAAGAACAAAGCUAGCAAAGGCUAUGAGGAAAACUACUUCUUCAUUUUCCGAGAGGGUGACGGGGUUUACUACAAUGAGUUGGAAACCAGGGUCCGCCUUAGUAAGCGCCGGGCCAAGGCUGGGGUUCAGUCAGGCACCAACGCCCUGCUUGUGGUCAAACAUCGGGACAUGAACGAGAAGGAAUUAGAAGCCCAGGAGGCACGGAAGGCCCAGCUAGAAAACCACGAACCAGAGGAGGAAGAGGAAGAGGAGAUGGAGACAGAAGAGAAAGAAGCUGGGGGCUCAGAUGAGGAGCAGGAGAAAGGCAGCAGCAGUGAGAAGGAAGGCAGUGAGGAUGAGCGCUCGGGCAGCGAGAGUGAACGAGAAGAAGGUGACAGGGAUGAGGCCAGUGACAAGAGUGGCAGUGGCGAGGAUGAGAGCAGCGAGGAUGAGGCCCGGGCUGCCCGUGACAAAGAAGAGAUCUUUGGCAGUGAUGCUGAUUCAGAGGAUGAUGCCGACUCUGAUGAUGAGGACAGAGGACAGGCCCAAGGUGGCAGUGACAAUGAUUCGGACAGCGGCAGUGAUGGGGGUGGCCAGCGGAGUCGCAGCCGCAGCGCCAGUCCCUUCCCCAGCGGCAGCGAGCACUCAGCCCAGGAGGAUGGCAGUGAAGCUGCAGCUUCUGAUUCCAGUGAAGCUGACAGUGACAGUGACUGAGUCCCAGGGCAUUCAGGGCUGGUUCAGACACCACUAUUAUGAGCAGGAAGGCACUUUUCUAGUGGUCUGUGAGCCUUUCACUUGUUUGUCCCCCACCCCUAAACCUUUGCUGUUAAUAAAGCCAAUUUCUCUUUACUUCCC